AUGGCGGUGGCGACCACAACCGAGACAAGAGCCACCAGCCACCAGAAACCAGCUAAAAGGGUGACAAGGGGCCUGAAUGAGGCUUUUCGCACAGCGACAUCGCUGGCCCUGGUUGUACUCCUGGCCAGCAGCUACGUCCAGGCGGAGGCCGAGAAGGCCGCCGUCGAGGAGAAGAAGGCUGAGCCCGAGGCCAAGCCCGCGGAGCCAGCGGCCAGUGAGGACACCACCAAGUCGAAGCGCGGACUGCAUCACUACGAGGACUAUCACCACCAUCACGUGCCCCACUUCCCGGUGCAUGAGGAGAAGACACUGACCGUCAUCAAGAAGGUCCCAGUGCCCGUACCCAUCGAGAAGAUCGUGCAUGUGCCGGUGGAGAAGCAUGUCCAUGUGCCCGUUAAGGUCAAAGUGCCCAAGCCGUACCCGGUCGUCAAGCACAUCCCCUAUGAGGUUAAGGAGAUUGUGAAGGUUCCGUACGAGGUGCCAGCUCCGUAUCCCGUCGAAAAGAAGGUUCACUACCCCGUGCAUGUGCACUACGAUCGCCCCGUGCCCGUGAAGGUCCAUGUGCCCGCUCCUUAUCCAGUUGAAAAGAAGGUCCAUGUGCCCGUGAAGGUCCAUGUGCCCGCACCCUACCCCGUGGAGAAGGUUGUCCACUACAACGUGGAGAAGCACGUGCAUGUCGACAAGCCCUAUCCCGUGGAGAAGGUGGUCCACUACCCCGUCAAGGUGCCCGUCGAGAAGCCAGUGCCCCACUACAUUGACAAGCCGGUUCCUCACUACGUGGACAAGCCAGUGCCCGUGCCCGUGAUCAAGAAGGUGCCGGUGCCCGUCCAUGUUCCUUAUGAUCGCCCCGUGCCCGUGCAUGUCGAGAAGCCAGUGCCCUAUGAGGUCAAGGUCCAUGUGCGCCCCUAUCCCGUCAUUAAGGAGGUGCCCGUGAAGGUGGAGAAACACGUUCCGUACCCGGUCAAGAUCCCCGUGGAGAAGCCCGUCCAUGUUCACAUCGAGAAGCACGUCCCAGAGAUCCACGAGAAGCACGUCAGCUACAAGGAGCCGGAGUUCGUCCACAAGCACAUCGAGGAGGACCACCAUCACGCCCCCAUCCAUCAUCAUCACUCGCACCCCAUUGUGGAGCAUGAGCACGAGGUGGAGCAUGAUUUUGCCUCUCAUGAUUAUCAUUCAUAUCACGGCUACUAA